AUGUCCAAGCUCGCCGAUUUCAAACUCCUGUCCUUUGACGUCUACGGCACCCUCAUCGACUACGAACGAGGCGUCCUGCAGAAUCUACAGCCCGUACUCGAGAAAGCCGGCAAAACGGAGAUGGACCCCAAGCACAUCCUCAAGAUCUCUCAGCCAUUGUUCAAGGAUGAACAGAUCAAAAACCCCCGCAAGAAGUACUCGGAUUUGCUCGCCACAUGCCACCCUCAGAUCUGCAAGGAGCUCGGUCUACCUGAGCCUACGGCCGAAGAGAGCAAAUCGUUUGGCGCGAGCGUAGGCACCUGGCCCGGGUUCGAAGACAGUGUUCCAGCUUUGCGACGAUUGAAGAAAACGUACAAGAUGGUCGUGCUGUCCAACGUGGAUAAUGAGUCAUUCCAGGUGAACAACGCGAAUUCUCUCGAUGGCUUUGAGUGGGACUUGGUGCUUACGGCUGAAGACAUCGGCAGCUAUAAGCCAGAUCCCAAAAACUUCGAGUACAUGUUGAAGACGGUGAAGGAGAAGUUUGGCGUAGAGAAGCAUGAGGUGCUACAGACGGCACAGAGCCAGUUUCACGACCAUCACCCGUGUAAGGACAUUGGGAUCACAAGCGCGUGGAUUUACCGGCCGGGCGCUAUCCUGGGUAACCGAGAUGACCCUGUGUUCAAUUGGAAAUUUGACCAGCUGGCUGACAUGGCGGAUGCGGUUGACGAGGAGAUAAACUCGGGCCGGAAGUAG